AUGGCAACAGGGAACAAACUAGAUUCUGACAAAGAUGGAACAUGUGUAGAUAUUAAAACCAAUAGGGGGAUGAUAGGAUCAUUGUUAUACUUAACUGCAAGCAGACCAGAUAUUAUGUUUGCUACAAGCUUUCUGGCCAGAUAUCAAUGCAAUCUUAAAGAAUCACACCUAAAAGCAGUAAAAAGGGUUUUUAAAUAUCUAAAAGACACAUCAGAACUUGGUCUCUGGUGUCCUAAGGAUUCAAAUCUUGAACUAAUUGCAUAUAAAGAUGCAGAUUAUGCAGGAUACAAGAUUGACAGAAAAAGCACAUCUGGUGCAUGUCAAAUCUUGGGAGAAAAGUUGGUAUGUUGGGCAAGUAAGAAACAAAACUGUGUUGCAACAUCAAUAGCUGAAUCAGAAUAUGUAGCAGCAGCAAGUUGCUGUUCACAAGUGCUAUGGAUGCAAACUCAGCUGAAAGAUUAUAGAGUAAAUCUGACAAAGAUACCUAUUCUAUGUGAUUCAAAGAGUGUAAUUGCAAUUACAGAAAAUCCAGUUCAUCACUCUAGAACCUAG